UCGUUAGCGUAUAAUAAUUAUCGCAGCGACUUCUCGGGGAGUUCGAAGCAAGCAUAUAAGCGUAAAGAAUCGAUCUUCAGUUCUUGUCGAUAAUUAUUUCUUUUCUUUUUAAACGCUAUUGAAAUUUAGAUAAUUGUGUAUAUCUUCUAAUUGAAUUCAAGCUGCACGACAACUGUUUGAUGAAAUGACUAUGUUGUUUUCCCUAUUUCAUUUUCCACAAUGCCGUUUUUCUAGUGCUGUAAAUCUUAGCGCUUCCAGUUGCGGAAGAAAAACAAUGGACUGGGGUUUUGUGCAAAGAAUUUGGGACAAAUGGGCAUCCAACUACGUGGGUUCUUCAGGUCAACCAUUGAGGGGUGCUCUGUUAAUUAACUAUGAUCCUACCGGACCUGCUCGCCUUGUAUCUACCAUAGCAGAGGAAGAGGGCAUACAAUCUUAUCCAAUUGAACUCAGUCAGUUCGUCGGUUAUGUUAAUAGAAACAAACUUCGAACAGAGAGCUUCUUUAUUGGAUUAAACCAGUACCUUGUCUCCUCAAUUCAUGAGAGUUGGUUUGGUGCAAGGUGCAUGAACACUUCAAAACCUGCUGGUGAAGGUGCUAUUGUGAUGCAGACGGCAGCAUUUCUCUUAGUUGGACUAUAUGAGGGCUCUAUAGGAUCAGCAUCUCGUCCAAUGGUGGCUGUUGAUCAAUUUGCAUGGCAAUUAGGCCGAAGAAACCUUUGAUAUUGUUGCAUCAAGGUCACUUCGCUCCAACUUCAUUGAGGAUGGAGAUCCAUUAUUAAUGAUCAAUGAAAGUUGAAUUUAGAAAGAAGCAUAGUUAUUGCCAAUGUGUAUCAUUAACUCUGGUGGUGUACAAAGACCACUGCGAGGCCAUUGGCGACUUGAUACUUGGAGGAAAUAUUCACUAAAAAUUGUAGGUGUUGAAUUGUUCAUAUUGAUUCUCUUAAGCUUGGAAUUCUUUUUAGGGAAAUUUCAUUUAUCAAUGAAUUUGACAAAUAAUUUCGAUAAA